CCUGAAAUGUUUCCAAUGGUGAAAUUUAUUUUUUUGGUCUGUGUUCAGACAGAAGUCCAUAGCAUAGAGGAGGAGAAAGAGGAAGAGGAAGAAAUAGUGUCUGUGAUUGAUGAAGAAGAGGAGCAGAAUGAACUGUACUACAGCUCAGACAACAACGCCCCAGAUAAAAUUGGUGGGAAAAAAGUGAUCACUUGGAUUUGGGAAGGAUUUGGGAAAAUGAUGCCUCAACCUGAAAACACGAAAAAGACGGAGGUAGGGACCCCAGGAGACCAAGCUGCACAACGGGCACAGAAAGGGAGUUUACCUGCCAGCCCUCUCAGUGAACCAGGGACGAAGCACCGGGCCUCAACUGACAGCCUGUCCACUCGGAGCCUCUCUCUCUUUCCUCGAACACUUGGCGGUGAUGGGACCAGUGUUAUUGACUGGUUUGUUCAAGGACUGGAGAAAGUGAUGCCACAGCCUGUGACCAAAGGGAAGGAAGAUGGACAGAGUGCAGAAGUUGCAGACCUGGGCCCAGGACAAGCAAUCUGCACCUUUCCCACAAGACAGAGCCAUGUGGAAUUCUUGAUGGAAGACCAUGAAAUCCAAGAGGAAGCGAUGUGUUGGUGUGGCACAGCUGAGUGGACUGUGGGGGCACCUCCCAGCCCCCCAAAGCAGAGGGGUGCCUCUGAUAGCUGCACCUUCAUGGUAGCUGCUUCAGGCAAAGUCAAGGGACUGGAUGCCAACCUAGGCCCUUUUCCACAGGUAGAAGAGGAAGAAACUGGAGCAGCCUUAGUUACACCUCAAGGAUGGCCAUCAGGGAGAUACCCUACUGUGAACAUCAGGAAUAGGAAUCCUAAGAAUGGCUCUUCAGGGCUGCCAGUAUUUGCCGGCCGUGCUCAGACCUCACCACCAAAGAAACCCCAAACCCUCGCUGUGCCGGUUAUAGCCAAGGCUCCCAAGAGGAGGAAACGCUCUUCCCAGGAGGAGAGUGUGGAGGAGCUGAAAGUGCCAUCUCCAAGCCCCUCACCAGUCAAAGCUUGGCCAGACCUUUCCAGUCCACAGAGAGAAGGAUCACUUUGUUUGCCAGAUCGCAGCAGCUCAACAGCAAGCCAAAACAGUGCAGUUAUCAAUGACCGUCUGCAAGAACUGGUGCGUCUCUUUAAAGACCGAACAGAGAAAGUGAAAGAGAAAUUGAUUGACCCAGAUGCUUCUUCUGACGAGGAAACCCCCGUGGCAUCACCUUCCAAAGAAAAGCCUCCAGAAGAAAAAGAGGGAGCGAGUGAGAAGGGUGGAAAGAAGCAAAGUCCCCCACGUGGAAGAAAAUGCCAGUUCCCCAGCAGCAUUGACCCGCUCACCAAUCUGAUGUACAUCUUGUGGCUCUUCAUUGUGGUUUUGGCAUGGAAUUGGAACUGCUGGCUGAUUCCAGUCCGCUGGGCUUUCCCGUUCCAAACACCUGCAAAUGUUUAUUACUGGAUGGCUGUGGACUAUUUCUGUGACCUCAUCUACAUUUUGGAUAUCAGCAUCUUUCAGGUCCGCCUGCAAUUUGUCCAAAGAGGAGACAUCAUAACUGAUAAAAAGGCCAUGAGGAAGAACUAUCUGAAGUCAGGCCGCUUCAAGAUGGAUGUGAUCUGCCUUCUUCCACUGGAUUUUCUUUACCUCAAAGUGGGUUUCCAUCCUCUCUUGCGCUUGCCUCGCUGUUUAAAGUACAUGGCCUUCUUUGAGUUUAACAAUCGGCUUGAAGCUAUUCUGAGCAAGGCAUAUGUUUACAGAGUGGUAAGGAUCACAGCCUACCUGCUCUUCAGCUUACAUGUGAACUCAUGUUUAUAUUACUGGGCGUCCUCCUCUCAGGGGUUGGGCUCAACUGCCUGGGUCUACAAUGGGGAAGGAAACAGCUAUAUCCGCUGUUAUUACUGGGCUGUCAAGACUUUGAUAACAAUUGGAGGACUGCCAGACCCGGAGACCCUCUUUGAGAUCAUCUUUCAGCUGCUCAAUUACUUCACAGGUGUCUUUGCUUUCUCUGUCAUGAUAGGUCAGAUGAGAGAUGUUGUUGGGGCUGCCACCGCUGGACAGACAUACUAUCGGAGCUGUAUGGACAACACAAUUAGAUACAUGGCUUUGUACAAAAUCCCCCGAUCUGUUCAGAAUAGAGUCAAAACGUGGUAUGAGUACACUUGGCACUCUCAAGGCAUGCUGGACGAAUCGGAAUUACUGAUGCAGCUGCCAGACAAGAUGAAGUUGGACAUUGCAGUUGAUGUGAACUAUGACAUUGUUAGCAAGGUGCCUCUUUUUCAGGGUUGUGACCGGCAAAUGAUUUUUGACAUGCUGAAAAGGCUCAGAUCUGUGGUGUACCUGCCCAAUGACUACGUCUGCAAGAAGGGGGAAAUUGGCAGAGAGAUGUACAUCAUUCAAGUCGGGCAAGUCAAGGUGCUCGGAGGACCUGAUGGGAAAACGGUGCUUGUGACUUUGAAAGCUGGAUCUGUGUUUGGAGAAAUAAGCUUACUAGCUGUGGGAGGUGGAAAUCGACGGACAGCGAAUGUUGUGGCUCAUGGAUUUACUAACCUUUUCAUCUUGGAAAAGAAAGAUUUGAAUGAAAUUUUAGUGCAUUAUCCAGAGUCUCAGAAGCUGCUGCGGAAGAAGGCCAGGAGAAUGCUGAAAAACAACAGCAAAACUAAGGAUGACAAAAGCAAAGGCAUCAUCAUUCCUCCAAGAGCUGGGACUCCUAAGCUCUUCCAAGCCGCCUUAUUCGCUGCAGGAAAGAUGGGAGGCAAAGGGCGGUUGGCUCAUAUCAGAUGGAAAUUGAAAGAGCUGAAAGCUAUGCAGGAGGCCAGUGCCACUCCAGUUCCACCUAAAUCACCCGCCAGUCAUAGAUCGCCAGCCGGCUCCCAGAAAUCAGUUCCACCUAAAUCAUCAGCCAGUCAUAGAUCACCUGCCGGCUCCCGAAGAUCAGUUCUACCUAAAUCACCAGCCAUUCAUAGCUCACCAGCUGGUCCCCAAAAAUCAGACGACUGCAGCAGAACAGAGAAGAUUGUCUCAAAAUCUUCAGAUCACUCUGUUACGGUUUGCAUAACUCCAGCACCUAAAGGUGAUGAAGAGAUUCUCUCCGUAGAGAUUCUAGACAAGGACGAAACUAAGUAGAAAAGUCCAACUAGCUGACUGUCUUGCGUCUCAUAGAAGGACACUGCCAUAGGCCAUAGCCUGAGGAAGGCACUUUAGUGACUAUGGAUCACUGCAAAAUGUGGAUAGGCUUGGGCUCUUCCAACAUUCAGAAUGUAGCCUCCAACGUUGUGCUAUUAGAUGAAAGAUGGAUGGAAAUCCAUCUCUUUUAAAAUAAGGUCUAGAAUUAUUUGCACCCCCAAAGUAUGGGGGUUCAUCCAUACCUUGGCAGAAUGUGGAUUUUGCACCCCUUGUGCUCUUUUUAAUUCACCCUCAUCUAUGUGACAGGGACGUGGGUGGCACUGUGGGUUAAAGCCUCAGCGCCUAGGACUUGCCGAUCGAAAGGUCGGCGGUUCGAAUCCCCGCAGCGGGGUGCAC